AUGUAUCCAUGCUCCAUGUCAUGUCAUGGAAACUGUCAAGAAGUACUUCAUAUUUUGUAUUGUGAGGAGGUGAUGGUGCCUACAGAAAAAGAGGAGAAGCACGACCAAGUUCCGAUUAGUGGAUAUGAGCUGCACUUUACCCUGCCAGAAGUAGGCCAGAAACAGUACCGUCCAAGGUCUGCAGCGGCUCUCGGAGGUUUCUUUUUUAAGGUUCAGUUGGGUGCGAUACAGUUAACCCGGUUGUGA